AUGGCGACGGGGGGCCGAUCCCCGGUCCCGCUCCGCUUACCCACCCCACCGCCGCACUUCCGGCGCUGUCGGAUGACGCAAUCACUGAGGCCGGCGGUGUGGCCCCCACGAGGUGGCGGCGGUGGAAGCGCAUCGUGGAGCAGCGGCUGUGUCGGGCCUGACAUGAACCCCUUCGCCUGGUACCCGCCGCCCCCGCCCGGGCUCCCCCCGCCCUUCUUCUGCCCGCCGCCCCCCUGGGAGCCCGGCUUCUGGGCUCCCCCCGGGCCCUACCCGCCGCCCGGCCGCUACCCUCCUCCCGGCGGCUGCCCGCCUGCCGCCGGCUACUCGCAGCCCGACGGCUGCCCGCCCGCCGAGGGCACCUCGCAGCCCGGCAAGAGCUGCCCGCCCGCCGAGGGCUCCUCACAGCCCACCGAGAGCUCCCUACCUGCCGACGGCUGCUCCCAGCCUGCCAAGAGCUACUUGCCCGCCGAGGGUUCCUCGCAGCCCAUUGAGGGCCCCUCACAGCCUGCUGGGGGCUCCUCGCAGCCUGCUGAGAGUUCCCCGCCUGCCGACAGCUACUCCCAGCCUGCCCAGAGCUGCCUGCCCGCCGAGAGCUAUUCGCAGCCCGAGAGCUACCCGCCUGCUGAGAACUACCCGCAGCCCAACAGUUACCCACUGCCUGCCAACAGCUACGCGACCUCCGAGUGUUACCCACCGCCCAUUUACAGCUACCCGCCCACUGAGGGUUACCCGCCACCCGCCAACAGCUACCUGCCCACCAACAGCUACCUGCCACCUGAUGGCUACAGGCCACCCGCUGCCUGGUACCCGCCAGCCUACAGAGAGCGAUCACAGGGCCCGCGUGCUGGUGGAAAUGGCAAUUUCUCUCAGAAAUGGCAAGGCGAGCAAGCGCAUGGGUUUAGUAAACGCUUUCCAAAAGAAAACAACAAGCCAAAGACCAAAAAGAAAAAAGAGCCAGUUUUCUCUCAUUAUUGUGAUACUUGUGACCGUGGCUAUAAAAACCAGGAGACAUAUGAUGAACAUAUUUCACAACACAAACAGUGCACAGAAGAAGGUUGCGAUUUCAGCGCGCAUGAGAAGAUAGUUCAGAUACACUGGAAGAACGCACAUGCACCUGGUGCUAAAAGAAUAAAAUUAGAUAGUCCAGAAGAGAUUGCAAAAUGGAGGGAAGAAAGAAAAAAAAAUUUUCCUACGUUGGCAAACAUUGAAAAGAAGAAGGCGAUGCAGAUGCAGAAGGAAGAAAGGGGAGAAGUGCUGACUACCCAACAGUUUGGCAAAAUGAAGGGGAUGUGGAAGCCUCCAGAAAAUGAAGAGGGACUUGGGCCCCAAGGAAGACAGAGAAGGAGACAAAGGCGCCCGUUCUGGAAGAAAUUUAGGAAAAAUGGUGGCAAUUAUAAUGCACAUAGAACUCAAAAUGAAGCUAAUGGACCAGAAAACAGCAUGUGUGAAAAGGAACGUGAAAAACAGCAUGCUUUGGCAGCUCAGGCAUGCGUGAAGGAUAUGGACCCUCUCAGUCUUCUGGCAAACGGUGAUGUAGAAUCUGACAAAGAUGAAACAGCAGCUGAAGACGAGAGGCAGGGAUUGACUAUUGUUCCCAAGCAGGUCACCUCCGCCCUGAGUUCGUUGGCAGCCAACUACGGCAGCGGGUCCGACAGCGAGCCUGAAGAAAUCCCUGUCAAGACUGCAACAAAAGCUGAGAAAGACGAGGCUGCACUUGGAGAUACGCUGCAAACUACUUCUGUUCCUUCGAGUCAAAACCCGAAUCAAAAGCGUCCAGAAUACGCAGGCACGACGCUAAGAAGCUCAAAUUCAAAUGCACGUCGGCCCAGAAGGCCAGAUAACUGGGGCAAGAAAACAUUAGCUCUCCUUCCGAAGCGCCGUCCAACUCUGCUGGAGAUGUUGCUGGCCCAGGACAUCCGACACGAAAGGAAUGUGAUUUUGCAGUGUGUUCGAUACCUCAUCCAAAAUAACGUGUUUGGACUUCAUUUUAAAACGGAACCACAAGCUGAAACAGAGACUGAACAGUCCUCUACAACUACAGCAGAGCCUUUGACGGACAAACUCGAUGAAUCUAAUUCUUCUUGUAGCUCUAACCUUCAGUUAGUGGGAGGAGAAGAUGAUGCAUUAUUAAUAGCCCAGGGUGAGAAAGCACCUGUGGAUCAGACUUCACAGAUGGAUCACUUGGCAGAUGAGGACACGUGGGAAACCCCGUCAGUUCAGUGUGAAGAAGCACUGUAGAGGACGUCUGUUGUGGACAAUAAAGCAAAGGCUCACAUUUUCUACCUGACUGAUGCUUUUUGAAAGACAUCAGUGUAACAAAAUAAUCAUUAAAGUACAUACUGAGAGCUGUUAAAACCACUUCUCUGAUCUGUUCUGCCCGAGGUGGCCAUUUCCUUGUGAAAACAGCAUCUGUGUUGAGUAAUUGCGUUUCCCCACGGCAGAAGGGAGCAGUGGCACAGAGUAUCACCUUCCCCACUUUCAAGCUUCAGAGCUCUGAAUGUUUUACCUCGUUAGGAGACGUGCGUCAGUCCAUCACCAGAGCCAAGUAGUGUUGUGGUAGGAUGGAUCUUCCUCAUGUGAAAUCAUAGUCUGGCGUGUCUGGGAGUAUCUGAGUGUCCGGAAGUAUUUCAGUGUACUUUUGAAAUGGUAUUUCAGUGCAUAUUUUUCUCCCCAGCUGUUAUUUGAUAUAAUAUACCCAAUAGAAAUAUAAUAUAUCCAGUAUAAAAUGAAGAAAUUAAAUGGAACAUAUAACUGACGUGGCUCUAAAAGUAUACUGCCUGCACCUGGAGCCUCCUCCUCUCUGAACUAAUUUGUUAAUUGAGCAGAGAAAUGGAGAUGAGGCUGCAGACUGAUGCGAGAAGCCUUUUUUUAAAAAGUAAAUAAAUAGAUACAGUAGCUGCUAACUGCUUGCAUCAGUUCUAGGUUGCUGGCUGACCUCAGGUGCCCAACAUUAAGCCUUAGGCCUUAACUGCUGUUAUAGUCGUUGCCUGACAAAUGUUAACUCUUGAAGCAAACUCUCAGUAUUAAGAAUAUUAUGAAAGUUUAGAAAACUUACCAAGAGCUACUGGUUUGUCCCUGUUUUAAUAUGCGUUGUGAAUUUAUUUGUUGGCCUUCUGGAAGAAUGUCUUCCUUGGUGCAUUGUUACGAUGCUCCUACAGCAUCCAGUGAUGUUUUUCAUAGAUUUGUGGUACAUCCAUAGUGUUGUGAGCACUAAAAAAGCAUCAGCCAAGGUUUAGAAAUAAGUUUAGUCUUUUGAUUACAUUGUGCAUUUGUUUAUCAGAGUCCUUGUCGAGGGCAGGUGUUAGUUUGUCACACUGACACUGAAAACAUGCCAUGAAAAUAAUCUAUUAUCAAAGCCUCCAAUUUAGAAUAUUUCCCUGCUCUUUGUCUUUUAGUAAUGGUUAAAUGUUGGAGUUAAAUCUCAGGGACUGAUUUUAUUUUGUCGUUGUUUGGUAGAAGUCUAGCCUUCCAUUCCACCAUCUAAAAUAGGAAGACUCACAUGGGGUUUUUUGGUUGCUCAAUAACUGCAUUUUCUUUCCUCUAGUUCCUUAACUUCUGCCAUACGUCUCAUUUAUGGUGAAUAGGAAAAAAGGAGUUAAAAAUUCUGUCCCACUGCUCUGCUAUUUAUAGCUACGACUGCAUAUUGUGUUUGUAAUGCACUGUCUAAAUUUGUGGAAUUACAUAAAUAUCAACACCCUUGUAAAAGUUGCGUGUCUCAAGAAUAUAUGUGCAGAAUAGAAACAGUGAUCAUAAACAUUUAUAUUUCCAAGGCAGAUGAUUCAUUCUUCCCAUGAUGGUCCCACGAGCCAUCUCAAUCUCACUGACUUGCUUAUGGCUCUCACAGUUUUACUGUGAUGAAAAUACCAGCAAAGGAUUCCAAGCCACGGAGAUCUGGCACUCGGGCAGAACCUGAUUUUGGAGUAGAGUGGUACCAGUGCUGUUGAAAGCAUGGGUAACAGCUGCGGGAAAAGAAACGGAUAUCUUAGAAUUACUACUAAAAUGCACUUUAAUCAACCCUUAACAUGCUUCUGUCCCUGUGGAGUUGAUGGCAGAGCUUUCUUUGACUGUACACUCAGAGCUUGUGUUUAAAAAAACAAACAAACAAACAAAAAAACCCCAAACCUGUAACACCCCAACAAAAAACCUUUAAUCUGAAUUCUUUAUACUGUUGUCAUUAUGAACUUAUGAAUAUUAAAA